AUGAAAUCAGAUUUAAAACUUCCAUAAUUAGAUCGUCAACCUCUGAAACUUAAUCCAAGUUAUAAGAUGAAAUUUUAAAAUCCAUUGCGAAUUCAAUUCAUGAGGUUUCUAGACAAAAGUGAUUUGAGAGAGAGUGAAACAUUUUAUAUGAAAAAUUAUGCUAAAGAGUAUAAAAUACCAAUCCUUUGCACUUAUCGAGCGUACUUAUGGUGAUGAAUUUAAGUCCUUUGGCAAAACAUGUGGAAGAGAAGAAAUAAAUAAAAUACAAGAGACCAAAUUACAAAUACUUUAAAGAAGAGGAUUCUGAUUUAGAAGGUGAUUAAGUAUAAAAGAUUUUGUCAAUGAAAUAAUCGUAAAGAUAAUAGAAAGUAUUUGUUUCGGAAUGA